CUCUUGACUUUCUGAGAGGAAGACGGCCAUUAUGACGGAGUGGACGCUCCUCAAACGUCUCCUGGACGCCGUCCACCAGCACUCCACCAUGAUUGGACGCCUCUGGCUCACCGUCAUGGUGAUCUUUCGCCUCCUCAUCAUUGCCGUGGCGACUGAGGACGUGUACGCCGAUGAGCAGGAGAUGUUUGUGUGCAAUACCCUGCAGCCGGGCUGCGCCACAGUCUGCUAUGAUGUCUUCGCGCCCAUCUCACAGCCGCGCUUCUGGGUCUUCCACAUCAUCAGCGUCUCGACUCCGUCUCUCUGUUUUAUCAUAUAUACGUGGCAUAAUCUGUCGAAGCUGCCGCAGGGACACAGCGGGCAGGGCCAGGGGGUUAACCCAAGGGACUUGCCUCGAGACGGGGGGAAGGAUGGAGGUCGAGAGGCAUUCAACUGGAGCUGUGACUCGGAUAGCUGCUCCAUCCGUUCACACCGGCACUUAGGUCACAGCUUGGCCAAUGUCUUGGAGGGAAUCACUGCCCAGAGUCAGAGCCUUCCAAAGGAGCUGCCACCACUGGAAGCCACCACCGCCACGUCUCUAACCCAGGCCAGGCUCGCAUGCCACAGAAAUAGCCACUACAAUGCACCAGGGGUCCUGGAGGUGGAGGAGGAACCGGAGGCGUCCUCUCCAAGUACUACGUGUUCCAUGUGUGCUCCGGGCGCUGCUGGAGUGCCAUUCCACUUUUGCAAGGCCCCACCCUGCACGCAGCCCGUGGACUGCUACGUGUCACGGCCCACAGAGAAAACCAUCUUCCUCCUCUUCAUGUUCUGGCGGGUCUCUUCUGCAUCCUCCUCAACCUUCUGGAGCUUAAUCAUCUAG